GUAUAUUGUCGGAUCAAAUAAAGAGCAGUCUGAGUACCGAAAACAUCAAUUUCGUCGUGAUAUUCAAGACAGCUUCGUCGUGUAGACCAUCAUGUAUCUUUAAAGUAUAAUAACACAAACAGCCAAAUAUUCAUUAGUAUUCGUGACAACUUGAACACUAUCUGUGUCAUGGAGGAAUGGAUCAAAUGAAUGUAAACAUAGGAAAUAAUGGCUGCAUGUGUACGUGACAAGGGGAACAUACGCAACGUUUGCCAACUUUGCGGCCAAGUGAAUAAUUUAAUGAUCUGUGCAGGUUGUAAAAGAACAUGGUAUUGUUGCAGGGAGCAUCAGAAAUAUGACUGGAAGUAUCAUAAGAAGAAGUGCAAAAAGCCAGAACAACCAUCAAACGAAAAACAAGAAUUGGGUCAAAAAACAAAAUCGUCUAUAAAUAGUAACGAAAUAUCAAUACCGGAGGGUUCCCCACGUGUGGAUGGGUUACGUGACAGUGAAGAUGUAAGUUUAAAAGUUGUUGACACUGACAAAACCAUGAGUGAAUUAAGAUCCUCGAAUUCUGCUGGAAAUGUUACCAGAUUAGAACAAUUGAAUUUGGAAGAAGAUAAACAAGUUACUGUUCCAAAAAAUGGCAAAAAUUCCUCAAAGGAAUUCUUCUUACAUUCAAAUAUUUCAGAGUUAAAACCUUUUACAUCAGAAUCUGUUCGACAAAAUAUUGCUAGACACUCUUCUAAGAAAAGAAAUAGUUCUGACAAAAUGCCGCCAACAACGGAGGAAGAGUUUGACACAAGCAAGACAUACUUUUCAGUACUUGAAACCAGGACUGAAAUGCUUGCAGACUAUGCAUGCAAUUGUUUAAAUCGUUAUGGCGUGUGUGUUAUUGACAAUUUUCUAGGAAAUGGAAAAGGACUUGAAAUUCAUGAACAAGUCCAAGACAUGCAUCGAAAAGGAUUAUUCACAGAAGGACAACUAAUGAACUCUGAACGUGGAAAUUCAAAUUUGAAACAUGUUAGAGGAGAUGUUUUAACUUGGGUUGAUGGUAGUGAGGAGGGGUGUGAAGACAUUGGAUUUCUUGUAUCCUCCAUGGAUGCUGUCAUUUUAAAGUGUGCUGGCAAAUUGACUAAUUGUAGUGUAAAUGGGAGGACAAAGGCAAUGGUUGCAUGUUAUCCUGGAAAUGGUACACAGUAUUUACGUCAUGUUGAUAAUCCAAAUGAUGAUGGAAGAUGUAUAACAUGUAUAUAUUACCUCAAUAAAAACUGGGAAGCUAAGAAAUAUGGUGGCCUGCUUAGAAUUUACCCUGAGGGUCAGGACAGGGUUGCUAGUAUUGAACCAGUGUUUGAUAGACUUUUAUUUUUCUGGUCAGAUCGACGGAACCCUCAUGAAGUAAUGAAAGCUUUUAAAACAAGAUAUGCAAUAACUGUAUGGUAUUAUGAUGCUGAUCAACGUGAAAAGGCAAUCAAGGGAUACAAAGGAGGUAUGAAGCCAGAGAUAGUUCCAUUACAUUCUCAUGAUCAAAGAUCUGUUAACUGUGACACUUAAGUCUUUGAGACUUUAAUUAUUUGUUACAUAUCAUUUCAAUUAUAAUUUUAAAGAUUGAUCAUUCCCAGGUGUUGCUUAAGUUUGUGGUUCUUAGUUAUAUAUGAUUGUUAAGAAUAUAUUAGAUGCAGUGUACUAUAUAAAUGUUAAGAGUAUAUUAGAUGCCCCAUUCUGUUCUAGGAAUAAACAUUGCUUUAACCAUAUUUUUUACGAUAUAUCAAUUUCUGUCUCUGCUAAAAAUCACAUAGUGCAUAUUUUGUCAGUUAGAUAAAAUCUACUUUGUCAGAUAAUAGUAUUUUGUGUAAAAAGUUGCUGUCAAUGUGACAAUAUAUGAUGAGGCCAAAAAAAUAAUACAUGUGUUUCAGCUAACCCUACCUAUCCUAAAUUUUAGUGCCUACCGUAACACUUUUUAUGCCAUUUUGGAACAAGCACUGUUAAAGUCUGACUGUUUCCUCUAGUAGUAACCAGCUAAACGUUAUCAGAAACACAUGUAUUAUUUUUUGGGGCCUUAAAGUACUAAAUAAUUUUUAAUAAAUAUAUUAUCAAUAUACCUCUCUGAUAAGAACUCUUGAUUGCUGAGGAUAUGAACAGAACAUGUCAACAAGUGGAAAUAAUUACAGAAGUGGCUGUGUGGACACAGAGAUGUGCCUGUCAUGCUAAUUUUGUAAUUAACCUUUCAGAAGUACUCUUUUAAUUUUGGGUACACAUGUACUUUUUGAUUUUAUUCACCUGAAAAUAUAUUUAACACUUUAAACAUGAUAAAAACUAUAGCAGAUCGUGUGCAAUUCACAAGUUAGACAAAGGUGUCAAGAAAUUUGUGUAAAUGUUAUCAGUUAUAUAAAGGAUCUUAAAAUAGGAAGUCAAUAGGUAGAACGUAUGUAGUGAUAUGUAUAUUUUUUAAAGGAAACAGUGACACUUGAAAACUUGAUUGCUUCAAAUUGAAAUCUAUUAAUAAGCAUGUAAGAUCUAACUAUGAGUUGUCAAAGUCAUUGUUUGAUUUCCAAGGUCAAAGAUGAAUUAUAGUAAAGGACAUUACCGGUAAUAGAAUUUGUUGUUAUUUUAGGUCCCUGUAUCUACUUGUGUUUUGUGUAUAUAUUCUAAAAUAACACACAUUUCUCAGGUAUAAACUCUUUAUAAUAUAUUCUAUAUAGUGCUUUGACAGAGCUUAAAUGAUAUCUUAUGAACAGUAGUUCUAUGUUUUCCAAUGGUGCUACAGAAAUAUUUCUCAUAGGAAAAAUAAAUAUCUUGCCUUCACAAUUCAACAGAGGUAUACCCAAAAUGGUUAUUUUUUUAUAUAUCACAAACAAAUUUUAAACCACUUUUAAUAAAGUGGAUUUCUGGUCUAUCAUUCAUCACAGAUUUUUCAAACUCGUGUAAAAGUACCGAUUUUUUAAAUGUAUGUUCAAUGAAAAAAAAACGCAGAUUCCUUGGAGUGAAUUCUGGAAAUGAGAAACUAGCAAUAAUAAUAAUUCUUUAUUUAAAGAGGGUUACACAGUUAGUUAUAAAGCUAAUCUUCCCUGAGGCCCUCAUGAAAUACAAUGACAUAUAACAAACAAUUACAACCUUCUGAAUGGUCUGCAAACCUCCCAACUGUGACUAUUUGCUGGGGAUUUCUUCAAUGGAGGCUCCCAAAUGGAUAUUUUGAAAGAACAAUAUUUGUCCACAAUUUAAAACAAAACAAUCCAUUUUAAUAGGAUAUAUUAUUGUUUAAGUAUGAAGAAGCAAAUAAACAAUGUUAAAAAAAAUUUGAAGACUCCUUUAAAGGUUUUUCAGAACUAUGAGCACCAUAUUGCAUGUAAAACCCUCAUGGCAUUUUGAAAAGUUGACAGGUAUGGGUCUGGUGUAAAUGCCUUAUAAAUUAAAUGAAAGGUGUCUAAUGUGUUAUUUGCGGUAUUUGUACAUGUUGUUCCUAAAAGUGCACAUGAUUUUAUUAAGAUUAUCUCUGUUCAAGGAUAGAAAUUUCUGUUAAAAAAUAUAUGCAUCAUGCAAGCUGUAAACAAUGAAGUGCUUAUUCUUUUCAUUUGAAUGUGCUUAUCUUCGUAAAUGUGUUCUUGCUCAUUUGCAUAUAUGUGAUGUUUACAUCAUCAUUUCAUGUUUUGUCUGAUAAAAUUUUUGUUAAAUUUAAUAAAAUAUGUAAAUGUU